GCUCAGAGCUACGUACUACCAGAGCGUAGUUGGUUCAAUAGUAGUUGUAGUAGUACAGUACUCGUUGGCUGCCAUGGAUGCCGGUAGAAAAAGAAGAGGAUGAUCUUCAGUUGAAUGUUGGUGCUGACAGGGUGAACCAACGAAUCCUUGACUCGCCUUCGUUCUUUCUUUCUCCAGGGUUAAAAUGUGGUGUGUGCGGUCAUUGAACAAGAAACAGCCAGAGUUCCGAUAAAGUUUAUUUCAAGAAUACGAAAUCGGUUUGAAGUGAAGUGCAGUGACCUUGUCCUACCGGAGGCGUGUUUUAAUGCCAGUCAAAGAUUGGCGAAAUCAGAGCCGCGAAUCCGGGAGAUGCCCAAUCAUGCCCAAUGAUGUCCAAUGAUGCUGAUGCUAGCUAGCGUGAGUGCAUGAGUGAUGCAGACCCCCACCACGCUCGCCGCUCAGCCUUCUGCCCUUAUAAACUCAGCCCAUAGGUCCCUUAGUCGUCCCUGGACGGCUCCCACAGCGGGCCCACCUACCCCGGUCAAGCCCGUUAAGCCCGUUAAGCCCGUCAUUAACUCUCAUGUGCCGCUCGCUGAGCGCCCAGCUAGCCCGUCGACUCAGCAUGAAACCCAGAAGGAUGUUGAACCCGGAGAGCGGGUGAGACCCCCGAUCAUUGAAGGACGGGCCGAUCAACCCAGCAUUGUCGAGUUCUCGACCUUCACUGCCGGGAGCGAUCCUCUUUCGUUUCCCAUGGGCUCGCCCAAAGUGGCGGUCAGCCCGCCCCAAGGGAGCACAACCAGUGGCCCAACCCCGCCCCAAGCUCCUGGCUCCGAGAGCUCCCGGGGAUUCGAACCCGAAGGAAGCAUCGACGAGUCGCCCGUAUCUGAGACGCCCUCUUCUCCGCCUUACGUUCGAUGGCGCGAGAACAUCUUGGUCCUGCUCAAUGACACGGAUGGCGCCCAAUUGUUCCUCCAGUAUCUCACUCAGCAACGCCUCGAGCAUCUCAUGAAUUUCUGGGCUUUGUGUAAUGGCAUGAAAGUAGGCGAACAGGCCGAAAAGGUGCCCAAGAUUGCCAAUUAUGCCUAUCGGAAGUUCAUUGCCCCGUCAAAGUCGUCGAAUUUGCCGUACAAGUUGGAUUGCAUCGAUGAUACGGUGCGCCAAUCGAUUGCGGCCAAGUUGGAGUCCAAAAGCGUGGACGCCAACAUCUUUGAUGGCGCCCAAGAGCAAGUCAUUGAGCACAUGGCCGCUACCUCGUACCUCAAGUUCUUUGAGUCCGAAAUCUACUUGAACUACAUCCAGGCCUUGGACAAUCCGGACCUCUCGGAUGUGAACUCGUCCAAGUACUCGGGCGGUACGCAUUCCAGUGGCUCGUCGGUGUCCGGCAAGCUCCAAGAAUCUAGUCAUGCCACGCCCGCCCACGCCAGUCUCAAGCCACUGCCCCACGAAUCCUCCUCCGGAGCCACGCCGAGCUGCAAAGACCCUCCCCCGCCAGCCAUGGCCAGGCCCAGUGAUAAUAAUAGUAGUAGUAGUAAUAAUAAUUAUAACGAGAGCGGGAGUAGUAGUAGCUGCACUUUGGGCUCCAGAGUCACGGCCAGUUCAUCGACGUCACACUUGCCCACGGUCUACGAGCACUCGGAGCUGAGCGUGGCCAAAGGCGGGAAAGGUCAGCAACGGCGCAGUCGGAGCACGCUGACCAUCUCGUCGCUGCAGUCCACUCAACAGCAGCGCUUCAACACCAUGAACAAUCGGAGAACGGAGGUGCACCCGGGGGGUGCGGAUCCGAGCCGUUCCUACGGUCCCUACCACGCUCACAGCAGUACCUGGAACCCCGUGUCCCAAAACGACUCCGAGAUCCAAUCUCAGUCCUCGGGUGCCUUGGGGGACACCACGAGUGAGGGCAACUACUCAUCCUUCACGGACAUGUCGUCUUCCCAGUUCUCGGCGGGUUCAAUGUCCUUUGGGGGAGGGGGGCCUCCACACGCUCCUCCCUCGCAUCCUUCGCAUCCCCAAAGGCGGGUUCGACCCUCGCGGCAUUCGCGCCACGUCCAAGACAAGCAGAUGCAGAUGCAUGCCGAGACCAAUCGAGAAGACCCCCUCAGACAUCUCGCCCAAAGGCCAAAUCGUCAGGGUAUGGGCCCUCCCUCGCAGUUGUCUCCCCAAGACUUCCACGCGCAGGUCUGUCAAAAGCUCAACCAACUGAUUGCCAAAAGCGAGUCCAAGAAGAAGUUGGCCGAGAAGUUGGGCCAAGUGGACGAUGCGAGUCACUCUGUGCACAAAACUGCCCGGAGCAAUGUCUACAAGAACGACGAGUCCGAUCAGAGCAUCCUGGACGAUCACCUCAGUCGGGUGUUUGAGAACACGCCUUCACGGAGUCCGCACAACGAAUGGCGACAGCCCAACGUCUCCAUGAACAUGACCAACAUGGAGGACAUGAGCGGGAGUCGGGCCAUGAUGUCCAGCGGAUUCCACUCCGCCGGCCACAGUACUUGGUCCGGACGGCGAAGCGGGCGUGAGCAACAGGCUUCAGCCGCAUCCAGUUAUUCUUAUGGGCAUCCAAAUGCCGCCACCGCCUCCUCUUCCUCCUCCUUGCAUCCCGCUUACCAUCACGGUGGUAAUAGCUCGGGCUUUGCCGGAGAUCUGGCCUAUUAUCCCGGGGACUCGAGUGCGAGCUUGGCACACAAGCAAGUGAACAAGUCCUUCAGUGACUUUGACUUUGGGCCCAAGCGAGGCCCACCCCCUGGGCCCAACAACGCCUCCAUGUCCUCGGGCAUGGGCUCUCGAGGACAGCCACCUCAUCAUCACUCGCAUCCGCAUCAACGUUACCCUUCCUAUCAGCAACACCAUCCUCACCAUCCACAGCAACAACAACAACAACAACAACAUGCUCGACCGGGCGCCCCAAGUACAAAUGACCGCGUUGUGGAUUGGCUCUCGUCCUUGAACAACUCGAGCUCGUUCUCCAACCACCAGAGCAGCAUGAUGUCCAACCAGCAGUGGCCGCCCCCGGACAACGACCAACGCUCCCACAAGACCCCGUCAGUGGGGGCUAGAGGCACGUUGAAGACCUCGCCCCGAUCCUCGGGACGUUCUUCCUCCAAGCUCAGAGCCAAAUCCUCGGACCGACUCAAUCAGAGCCAGCCGAUGACCUCUGGGGGUAGCUCGGGCUAUCCCCCCAUGGCCUACCCGCAGCAGGCCAUCCCCACGCACAAAGUGAUCUCAAGCAACGCCCGGAUGCUGCCCCACGCCUCCGGGAUGUCGGAAAGUGGGAUGGUCAUCCAGAUGAUCUACACGUUCCCGCAAAACAAGGAUGAUCUGCCCUACAUGACUCGGACGGAUUCCAAUGUGAUCACGUUGAAGGACGUGAAGGACAUGUGUCCGAAGAAGGGACAGUAUCGGUACUUCUUCAAGACGGCCAUCGACGAUAUGACCGUGUACCAGGAGGAGUACGACGAUAACUCGCAAGUUCCUCUGUUAAGCGGGAAAGUGGUGGUGGAGUGUCACCGGGUGGAAUCGUGAGUCUUGAUUCCGCAAGAUGUCCGUGUCAUCAUUUGUCAUAUUCCUUCAGAGUUCAGAACCGCCCCCGUGCCUCAUGGAAUUGGUGCGAGGAUUGGGAGAGAUCAUCCCAAAGAAAAAGUGGGAAGCAAUCGCGCCCUUUGCUUUGUUGAGCAAUUGGAGGGAGCGAGUAUGAUGUCUUCCAACUCUAUAGUGCUGAUAUAGAAGAAAAAUAAUACACCUAUUUAGAAAGAUAAACUAGUGCGUGAAUUCAUA